AAUCAUCGGCGCGCCAUCUUCAUUCCGCGCGAACAAAAACCUGACUAUGUGAGAGUAAGAAUGACGAUUUCUUCUUGAAAAUUGAGCUAUUUUAGUCAUGGAAAAUGCGAUGGUGGAUCCAGAAAAUGCUCUUGUGCAUUUGGAAUUCUUCAAAGAUGUCCAUUACUACCUAAUUGGAACAAUUUCAGAAGAGGUGACAGAUCUUUUAAUUCAAGGAGGAGGAAAAGAGGAGUCAUAUUUGACUGAUCGAGUGACUCACGUCAUCUCAGAAGAUGAGGAUCAUCCUGAAGUCACAGAGGCUAGGGAUCUCUUUGAACUCCCGGUCGUAUCGUCUAAAUGGGUGUCUAUGUCUGUUCGAUGUAAGACUCUAUUACCCGGCAAGGCGUUUGCACCUGAGUCAGUACGGCUCUUCACAAACUCCAUUGUUUGUUUUUCAAAGGUGUCAACUACGGACCGCAAUGCAUUAUGGGCCCUAAUAACAUUCCAUGGUGGAACUUGUAGGGCUAAUCUGAGUAAAGGAUGUACGCAUCUAGUUACAUCAAAAUGUGAAGGGGCAAAGUAUGAGUGUGCGUCCCAGCAUGAGACGGAGGUUAAGAUUGUGUGUCCUGAUUGGAUCCUCUCCUCAGUCCUCGCAAAGAAACUACAAGAUGAAAAAACAUUCCAUCCAAAAUACCUCACUUUCCAAAGUCCACCCACAGAGGGAGCCCUUUGCCAGGAUAUUGAAAUGAAAACGGAAGAGGUAGACAAGGUCGAGCCGGCUGAAGAGGGCGAUGAUAAAACGGCAAAAGAGAAGAAAGAGAAAGUUGCAAGGCCAAAACUGAAACUUCCAUGGGCAGAUGAUUUAAUGCCUUUGCCUGACAUAUCAGCUCUACCAGAACCAUUACGUGAUGCCCCACCAUCAGGUAGUACAGCUACAUCAUCUGCUAUGAGCUCAUCACCAGCAUUGGGAGCUUCUUAUAACACCUCCAGUACAGGUUAUAGUACGCCAUCAUCAAAAACAAAAGACAAAAAACAUAAGAAAGAUAAGAAGAAAAAGAAGAAGCACAAAAAGGAGAAGAAAAAGAAGGACAAGAAAAAGCACAAGCAUGCAAAUGAAAGUGGUGCCACUGGUUUAGGACUGCCUAAAGAGGGUGCUGGUGGUUCUAACCUCGACCAAGGGAUGAAGAAUAGAAACAUGCUGAGGAACAUAACAAACAAGACUGAUUACUUGCCAGCAGUGAUCGGUGUGACCGGUGAUAAAACACACGUAUCACAGCAGGUUUUGAAUGCGGUAGGUGGUCGACCAGGGGGUCAUAAAGGACGUUUAGAUCAAAGUUAUGGAAGUUUACAAGUCAUACCUGAGAUACAUUACUAUGGACAUGAUGCAUCAGCAGGAGUGACCCCAGACUCAUGUUUACUUGGAUGUAUUUUCCUCAUCAUUGAAUAUCCUCAUCUAGUUGGUUUGGAUUACAUUGAUACAUGGAGGAAGGUUAUUGUUGAACAUGGUGGUAUCGUUGAUGAUUGCUACUCUGAUCGUAUUACACAUAUCAUGUGUGAUACGCAGCGGACAGAUAUCUUUAGACUGGCAAUGAAAGAUGGGAAGCGAUGCGUAACAGCAAGCUGGUUGAAUGAUUGUUUGAAGAAGAAAGCUAUGCUACCACCAUGGAGGGCGCUACAUUUCCCAGCCCCGUCCUACCCUCUUCAACCACCCCCUUGUAAAGACCAGAUCAUUGCGGUGACUGGUUUUGAAGGUGGAGAAAGAAACGAUGUGAAGACUAUGAUUGAGAUGACGGGAGCUAAAUACACAGGAUUCUUUAGCAGAGGGAAUACUCUACUCAUAUGUAAAAGACUUGAAGGUGCUAAGUAUGAGAAAGCCCAGGAAUGGAGGACGCCGGUCACUAAUGUCCAGUGGUUGAGUGAGGUUAUACUAGGAAACUAUGAUGCUCUUCAUAACUUUGUUAUGCCUCGUUACCAAGUCUUUGAUGUAGAUGAUCCUUUCAAGCUUGAAUUACUCAGACCACUCAAGCUUAUGGAACCAUGGACUAUUCCAAUUAAAAUAUCACAGUCUAUUCGACGGAGUUACAUUACUAGUAUUGCUCAGAAGACAGCUAACCUUGCUAAUGGGAAACGGAAGGGAGAUCCACAGUCUCCUGGCAAUGCUUCUAAAAAGAUAAGGAAUAUGAUUCAAAUGGAUGAUGACUGGGAUGCUGGUACCCCUCGUAUAGCUCCUGACAAAGCUCCUAGGAUUCUAUUCACUGGUCUAGAUGCACCAAGAAUGGCAGACUUAUCCAAAAAAAUUGAGAAGCUAGGUGGUAGAAUUGUUGACACUAUUAGCCAGUGCACUCAUCUAAUAGCGGUCAAGAUCAUGAGGACGGUCAAGUUUUUAGCCGGUGUCUCAGUUUGUAAACACAUCGUUACUCCAAUGUGGAUUGAAGAAAGCUACAAGAGCAGAUGGUUUCUAGAUGUGACAAACUUCUCUCUUGUGGAUCAAGAGAUGGAAACAUUGUUUUCAUUCCAGCUUAGAGAGUCUCUCAUCAGAGCUAACAAACAAAAAUUAUUUAAGGAUGUAACAAUCUACAUCACACCUGGAGUCAAACCGGGAGCAAACAUGUUGAGAGAGAUCAUAGAGUGCGCAGGGGGUAAGCUAGCCCCAUCACGCCCCUCCCUCACAAAGAUUAGUCACAUACAGAGCGCCCUCGGGAAGGGAGCGUUUGUUGUUAUUAGUUCACCCUCUGAUAUGCCAUCAUGUAGAGAUUUCUUUACACACAAUAUUGAUGUUCACAAUGCUGAGUUUGUUCUUACGGGGGUCCUUCGUCAGCAGCUGGAUUACAAGUCAUUUAGAUUUGAUCCUCGUAUCUGAAGCUGGGCAACCAGAGACUACCAUAACAAACCGAAAGCUAGCUUCCUGCAUGUGGCUUGUGAUUCCAACCACUAGGCGCAUGAAGGUCUGGGACAGUAUUUACUUUAAAUUCUCAAACAUGAGUAUUUUACCUAGAUGUUGUUUUAUGAAGUAACAUGUCAAUUUGGUAUUCAAUGUUUAAUUUAGCUGAGUUUUUCAGACAGCUAGAGUGACCAGUUUGUGUUUUCAUACACAAUUAUCCUAAGAACUAUCUUGUGGUGUAUCCAAAGUAACACAUUAAUUUGUGCUAGCCACUUUACAGCCAUUAGACUUGAUUACCCAGUAUUAUUCUUGAUACUCUGGACAAUGUGUGUCCUGAUUGACUUUCAUGGAGUAGCCUUUGCACAACCAUCUCUGACUAUUUGAAUUUCAGUUUAAGAGCCAUUAUUCACAAAUGGAUAUUUGUGCAGAUAACCCAUCCUUUUGUGUUAAGAACACUGGAUAGACUUGUUAAUUAAUCCCAUUU